UCCCUCUCUCUUUCACCAAACUCACCAAAUACGUUUCUAAACUCACGCAAGUAACCGCGCAGCAGCCAAACGUUGGGUGUGAGAGCUGUGGACAGCCGGAAAUCGUCUUUGGAAGCCGACCCCGGCAAUGCAACAGAUCUCCUACUCAAGUAGCGCAGAAGUUGCAUGCUUCAGCCUACGGAGUUGGAAUUUAGAGAGUUCGUUCGCAAAGGAAGGAAGAGAGGCAGGAGAGCGAGAAGACCAUCCCAGAAUUCCCAGGAAGAUGCGAAGGCAUUACAACCUCUCUUCCAAUGCGGCUCAUCUCGUCUCUUUGUCAGCCCAUUUCCCUCCAGCUGGAAUCCUUUAUCACUUACCAAUUCUAUUUUCCCCCAUUGUAUAUUUGUCCCAGGAGCUUGGCUUGGUCCCCAGCCGGUUUGUUAACUUCCUUUUUCUUUUUACCUUCUGUCGAUUGUAUAACAUAAGCUUCCUAGACAUUUAGCCGCUAUUACGCGAAGAGAAGAGAGUAGAGACGGAGAGGUCACAAAAGGAGGUUGAAUUGAAAAAGAUGAGAUGAAACCGAACCCCUUUUGCACACCAGCAACCUACACGUGUGGCC